ACGAAAUACGGCGGCUUUUGUCUCUCAAACUCUGAUUAAGAAAAGAAAAGUAGAAAACCCUAAAACGACUGAAACGGCGACGUUUUGAGGCGACGGUGGACUUUUUCUGCUUGAAUUUUCCAGGUGAUUUUGAAGUGGGAAAUGCUAGGGUUUUUGAAAUGCUUGAUGUUAGAGAGUAGGGUUUUUUGAAUUGGGUUUAGGGUAAAAUGGAGGUGGUGGAAGAUUGUGGGGCUGAGGUAGAAAAUAGGAGGAGAGCUGAAGAGAGGUGUGAGGAGUUAGAGUUGGAGAUUGUGAAGAGAAAGAGUGAGUAUGAAGCUCUUGAGGAUAAGUUUCGGGCUUUGGAAGGCGAAAAGCUUGCUAUGGAAGAAGAGAUUAGGGCAUUGAAGAGAGGAAGUGAUGAAAUUAGGGGGCAAGUUAAUGGGGGUGGAGAUGGGACGGAGAUAAUAGUUGAUUUUAAUGAGGAUAACUUGGAGGGAGAUGGGGUCUUUCAGCUUAUGCUUGAGAACAAGGUGUUGGAGUGUGAGAAGAAGACUGCUGAAAGUGAGGUUGAGGCUUGGAAGCAGAAGUUCAAAGAAUUGAAGACGUGGGUCUUGAAGUUGGACAAGGAUUUAGUCUUGAAAGGUGGGGAGUUUCCGUGGAACUUAACUGGGGAUUCCGUUGAAGCGAGCAGGAGAACACAACCGAAUGAAAGGAUUGAACUUGAGGAUGGGUUGAAUGUUGGAGUUGGCAUGGAAAGUUCAAGGAGCAAAGAUAUAGCUGUGAAUGUUAUUGAUCUUAGCUCUACAUAUCACUCCCCUGGUAAAGGGAUCUGCCAUCUGCAAGAAGCAGGUACACCUCCUAAUGUUACACUUCAUGAGCAUCGCAGUGGUACUAAGGUAGAAAAGAGAUCUGGUAUGGAAUAUGGUAACGUUAGUCGAGCAAGAAAACAGCUGGAAUUCAAGGAAGAUAGGAGUCCUUGCAAGAAGAUGGCUCCUCCUACGCCUGGUGGUGGCAGACCUUUCUCUCUCAGUGUCAUUGAUAUUAGUGACAGCGAUGAUGAAGUUACUAUUGCCGAUAACCAAAAAGUUUUGCCUACUGAGAAUCAGGGAAGCAGAAAGAUUUGCAUAUCAUCGGAUUCUGUAAUAGGAGGUCUGGCUACCAAAAGCUUUUUAAAGCAGGCACAUACUGACAGUCAUGAUCAGGAAGAUCUCGAUAAUUACAAUGAGGAAUUACUGGCUUUCUCAACACCCAAAAGAAAACGAGCUUCUAAUGUUGUGACCAGUGACUCUGAGAGCAGUGAUGAUAAUAUUCCUAUCAAUGCAGUCAAGAGAAUGCAUCUUCAGAAAAGAAUACAUGAACAUUCUGAGAGUAGUGAUGAUAAUGUUCCUAUCAAUGCGGUCAAGAGAAUGCAUCUUCAGAAAAGAAUACAUGAUCAAGUAGGAUCUGAUGUGAGUGGCAGCUUAGAGACUGCUACUGCUUCUGUGGUUGAUGAUGUUAGUGUUACCUCUCCAAAGCGACGUUUAGUUAGGUUGAGAAAAUGUGGGGGAAGAGGUCGGGCGCAAAGGAAUUCAAGUCAGACAAGUGAAACUAAAAAUGAUCGAGGACCAAACAAGGGUGUUGAAGAAGAUGAGCCCGAAGAGGUUGGGUCAGAAAGUGAAGGUGAAAGCUUGGGUGGGUUUAUUGUACAUAGCUCUGAUGUUUCAGAAAGUAAUGAUGCUUCUAGUGAGUCAAAUAGUGUGUCAGAUGAUGAUGUGAACUUAGAGGAGGUUCUAUCAACAUUUCAAAGGAACAAAGAUCACAACACAAGGUGGGAGUAUGAGGCAGACAUGCUUUCUGCAUUUGCUAAGGAUCCAGAGCUGUGCAUGAAAGCUGUAUGUGCUCUUUAUAGACAGCAAACUUCUGAGGAAAAGAUGUAUAGGGAGGCUUUCUGCUCCAAUUCUCGAGGCUUUAGCAAGUUUGAUGCUUCUAGGGGUUCUAAAUUGGCUAGCUUUCUCACUGAUGGAGACCCAUAUUGUGAUCUGAGAAAAACCGUAGAGGAGUUGGAGGAGCAUGACCCCAAGGCCAUUGAAACAUGUAGAACAUUUGCGACUCGUUACUCUAAGCAACUAUUUGAGAUCUACAAAAACAAAGAGGAUCCUCUCUUUCUGCCAUCUUGACGGUGCAAGCAACUUGCCAACGUAAUGAUAUGCAUAUAUAACCCAAAACCUCUGCCAGAAAGUCCUAUCAGAGAUGAGAGAAGGGUUUCCAUUUUGGUUGCCAAGUGUGUCUCUUCUUGGUUUCAGAUUUGUAUAUAAAACAUGCAAGUAGGAACAUCAGAAAAAUUAGGUCACUUGUAUUAUAUAGUCCUAUCACUCCUAUGAAUGUCUUAUGUGUAUAUAUAUGCUUUUAAAAUUCGUACUUUAGUUAUACUACAUGUAGAUAUAUGCCCUGAUGGGUUUCCUCCCCUAGUUAUACAGCAAAAAUAGAUCUUAUUGAUCUC